AUGAUGUGGAUAUUCUAUGGCUUGCUAGGGGCCACCGCCGCAUUUUCCCAACGGGAUGGAAUCGGUGAUGUUCCGGUUGAUGUGGAGACAAGGUUGGGGAAGAUCCGAGGCCGCGAGGGAACUUUUGAGAUGAAAGAUGGUUCUUUGCCCAAGGUCCGCACGUUUCUCAGUGUGCCAUUCGCCGAGCCGCCCACUGGCAAUUUGCGCUUCCGGCCGCCCGUGCCGAAAAAACCGUGGCGAGAAGCGGUUGAAGCCAUUGAACCACCGCCAGCAUGUUAUCAGGGCCGCGACAACUACAACACCUCAUUUUGGGGCUCCGAAAUGUGGAAUCACAACACCCCGGCGAAGGAGGAUUGCCUUUAUCUGAAUAUCUGGGCCCCGGCUGAUGCCCGAAACCUUACCGUAAUGGUGUGGUUAUUUGGAGGUGGCUACUACUCGGGCAGCGCCUCUUUGAUACUCUACGACGGCCGGGCCCUGGCGGUGACGGGCAACGUGGUGGUCGUCAACAUCAACUAUCGAGUUGGCCCGUUCGGCUAUCUGUUCUUUGACCACACCGAUGCCCCCGGAAAUAUGGGAAUGCUCGAUCAGCAACUAGCCCUGCAAUGGAUCCGGGACAACAUCUUCUCAUUUGGUGGCAACCCGGAUCGGGUGACACUUUUCGGGGAGAGUGCCGGCGCCUCGAGCAUCGUCGCCCAUCUCAUCGCACCCGGGUCACAAAGGCUAUUCAAACACGGCAUCCUCCAAUCGGGCAGUUUGGACAACAAAUGGAGCAUGGACACCCCGCAGCGAGCACGCAGGAAAAGCGAAAAACUCGCCGAACUCGUCGGAUGCAACCGGACUACGGAUACCGCCACGAUCCAAUGCUUGCGUGAUUCUGAGCCCCAGAAGCUGGUCGACGUGAUGUGGAAUGUCGAUUUGACGUUCCUUGAAUUCCCCUUCGUCAUCGUUAGUCGGGAUCGGCAUUUCUUCCGUCAUAAGGAUGGCUUCCAAUCACUCCGUAAAGCCGAUUUCACCAAGGGCGUCAACCUGAUGUUCGGCAUCAACCACGAUGAGGGCAAUUUCUGGAACAUCUACAACCUGCCCGACUAUUUCAACGUGCCCAUCCAGCCCGAAUUGACCCGGGAGGAAUUCUUUGACUGUGUCGACAAGGCAUUCGCCGUCCAGCCCGAAGUCAUCCGGUAUGCCACCAAGUUCGUCUACUCGGACCCGUACUGCAACGGGACCGGCAAGCGCAAAUUCUACGCCGAGCAGGUGAAUCAAAUGGUCGGCGACUACUUCUUCACCUGCGACUCCAUCUGGCUUGCCGAUAAAGUGGCCGCCGAUCCGACGAAUAAUGCCCAAGUCUACAUCUACUACUUUGACCAGCAUAGCAGCGCGAAUCCGUGGCCCGAAUGGACGGGGGUGAUGCAUGGCUACGAGAUCGAAUACGUCUUCGGCGUGCCGUUGUACAAUAAAACGGCCGGAUACACGAGAAGAGAAGAGAUAUUCUCGCGAAAAGUGAUCGACUACUGGACAACGUUUGCUACGACUGGCGUCCCAUCCGUGCACGGCAGCAAAAAUCAUGCCAUCUGGCCGAAAUACGAUCAGACAAGCAAGAGUUGGAUGAACCUGAAGGCCGGUUCUAACCUAUUUGCAAUGCACGCCAAGAAGAGCGUAGAAUGUGAUUUGUGGCGCCAUUCCAAGGAUCUCGAAUUUAAUAAUUACGUCCAUGUCGUCUCUUCGACACGAGAAUACACCGUCUCUACCAUUACCAUUCUCAUCAUUGGAGCCCUUCUCUUC